AUGUCUUCAUCAAGUUCAGAUGCAGAAUUCCAGGGAUACUCUGAAAGAACCUUGGCUAUCAUCAAACCGGAGGCCUACGAGGAUGCAGAGGCUAUUUUGGAUGCGAUAAUAGACAAUGGGUUUGUAAUUCUCGCGAAGCGCCAUGUUCGCAUGUCACCUGAGCAGGCAGCAGAGCUCUACAAAGGGCACUACGGCAGUCAUCAUUUCCCUCACCUCGUAGCGCACAUGUCCAGUGGACCGUGCAUUGCAAUGGUGCUUGCUGCUACGAAUUGCAUACAAAAGUGGAACACGCUCAUGGGACCAGCACGAGUAUUGGAGGCGCAAGCCUAUUGGCCGGACAGUCUUCGUGCUUCCUAUGGACGGCGUACAAAAUAUGGAGAUUACUUCAACGGGCUACAUGGCAGUAAAAAUCAUGCCGAGUCUGUUAGAGAAAUACACUUCUUUUUCCCUGAUAUGAUAGUAGGACCGCUGCUGCGCCACUGGCAAGUAAAAGACUACAUACAGAAAUACAUUACACCAACUUUGCUGCCAGCAGUGACUGCUUUGGCACAUGAACGACCCGCAGAGCCCAUACUAUGGUUGGCAGAACAUUUGAGGAGACACAACCCGAAUGAGCCCGAACUCGCACCUCAACCACCAGAGCAAAGGGAAGAAGCCCGAUGUCACACGCCAGAGCCCUCCGAACAGUCGGUCCCAUUCACCAAAAUCAAAUGA